AAAAAGUAGCGAACCCAAUCUCUACCUUUCAUUUUCUCGACGACGUGCCGUUCAGACGAGGAGUCUGUGAUGAAAUGAACUGAUUUGUUUUGCCUAUCCCCCAAGUUUCAAAAUGAAGAGGAAAAAUUCUCCAUUGUUAAUGCUCUUGACGCAAAUUUUGUUGGAGUGCAUUUUGAUGGCGACGGGCGUUAUCGGCCUCGGGCCCGUGUAUAACCUGACCAACCCAGAGACGAAAACCGUCUUCCUCGUACCCUCUGACUCUUCCGAUGACGUCAAAUCGUUUGCCGAGGCUCGCGCCAUUUGUCGGCAGAUUAACAAGAUGGCAGAUUUGGCCGAUAUGGCUAUUGCAAGUGACAGUGCCAUUGUGCAGCAACUUAUGGUGAAUGCAGACGCCAAGCACUCCCACUGGCUAGGAAUACACGACAUCCAGACCGAGACCGUGUUUCACUCUCUACGCACCGGGCAGCCCGUGGUCUACAGUGCCUGGAAGGAGAACAAACCCACCCACGAUGAUUCUAAGAACUGCGCGAUGCUGGAAGAAGGGCGUGAAACUUGGGACGAGGAGAAGUGCGAUGGGGGCACAGACCGGGGAGCUCUGUGUAGCAUCCUGCACGAACAAAGCCAAGAAAGCGGUUGUCCUUCCCAAAGUGUCCCGUACGACGGUCUCUGCUACGACUUUCAUCCUCUCCGAGUAGCCGAUUUUGUCGAGGCGAGACAAGAGUGCGAGGCGGUUGGACACGGGCGAUUGGUUGUGCCGUACUCGCUGGAUGAGACAAGAUUUCUUCAGUUGCACGCACAGCUGUCGGGGCUCGACGCUGUCUGGCUAGGUAUAUGGGAUAACGACACGGAUGAAGUCUACAGAGGGCUGUACGGGGGAGCAACACCCUAUUUUAAUUGGGAAAGUAACGAACCAAAUGAAGACCUGGGGAAUGUUGGGUGCGUUGUCAUGCUCGCUGACACUGGUACUUAUGAGAUUCGAGACUGCGCAACCCCCGAAGGAGGAAUUGUGUGUCAGUUAGAACCAGGUAUUUUCCUUAAAACAGAGGAAACGUUUUUGUAUGUUUUUGUUUAGUAAUGUCUGUUGUGUUUUCGUGACUGUUGGUUUUGCAGACGUAAGACGCAAGCAUCAUUGCACUGACAGCGCAUGCGUGUCAGCUUCUAACCAAUCAGCUGGUCUUGCUGCUGCGCGCGUAAACAGUUGUCUUUUUAAAAGUAUUUUAACAGCAUAGGUCUGUAGACUGGUGAUAGACGAGAUUUGAAGGACAUGAAGUAUAUGACAGAAGGCUUGGAGGACAUGUCUACGGACUUCCUUGCAGUAGAGGAAUGAGGAGUGCAGGUACCAUACCACAGGGAUGACUCUGCUUGCCGGAUCGUGAGUGUUAUCAUCGCAUCAAUCUGAAGCUACAGAACUACCACGACCACAUCUUCAAGAUCAUUCAUCAGCACAUUGAAUAUUGAAGUUAAUUAAUAAAACACGGGCUGUCUUUCCCAUCUUCAAAAAAAUACCACAACAAAAACGUCUCUAUUGUGAACCAAAAUGUUAAGGAAUUGGAGCAUGUUUGAUUUUCCUCAUUUAAAAAAAAACCAAUAGAAAACCUCCCACAUUUCACUGAAAUCCUAUACGACCGCCACAACGUGGAUGUCGUUCAAAAGGUUACAAUAAACGAAAAAGGGGGAAAAAAAUGCAAGAAUAUUUUCAUUGUUAUGUUCUGAACUUGAAUAAAGCCUUUCAGAAAUCA